CCUUGAAACUCAUUUAUUCAAUAUUGACCAACCUCUUACAUUUAAAAUUCCAACUUACCGUUACAAACCACUUGUUCACUCUCGUGAGCAGUUGAAGCGAGGAGCCUCUCAUUCAAACACAUUUAUAUCCCCAACCAAUUUAUAUUUAUACAUAUAUGUCACUCUCCCCUGCGGAAAGAGACGGACUAGGCUGCUACCAUGGGCGUCAAAGCAGAAGAUCUCGACCAGCCUAAACUAACUCUAUCUAAACUCCCACACUGCAAGCCCUCGCCGCAGCACAUGCAGACGCCGCCGCUCCGCCCCCUCGUUUCGAUCCCGUUCCACUGGGAGGAGGCGCCGGGAAGGCCUAGGGGCGGAGAUGCAACGAAGAGCAAAGCGGCGAGGUGUCUGGAGCUGCCGCCGAGGCUGCUGCAGGAGGAGGGUAAAAUGACCAUGACGCCCUCGCCCACAACGGUGCUGGAUGGGCCCUAUGUGGGCCGGUCGCUGUCGCUGGCCUGCACGUUUUCGUUCAGGAAAGGGCCGGUUUUUGGCCGGGAGGAUGGGAAGAGGAAUAUGGGGUCGGGGAGGUGGGGAAGCUUUAGGGAGGUGAGACGGUGUGGGGAGGGUAGUAUGGACUUUUCGCAGUCGCUUGGGGAUAUAUUUAGGAGUGAGGAUGGUGGUGAUGGUUGUGUGAAGAUCACAAGAGUUAGGAGGAGGAAGAGUUUCUUUAGAUUGUCUACAUUUAACUCCAAUUCCAAGUAUUUGUGGUGUUUUGUGAAUCUAAAUUUGCAGGGUGAUAUUUAUGCAAGUUUUAAGCAGGUGGUGCCGUGGAGGCGUAGUAGCCAAUGAGAAGGAGAUGAUGAGGAAGAAAAUUCAAGCAAGAAAAUGUUGAAUUUUCCUUUCUCCCACGGUUUUAUACAUACAACUUUUUUAAUUCCAUGUAAUUAAUGUCUUUUUUUUAUCAUCUGCUGCUACUGUUUUUUUAAUACUAGUAUGUUUUAAGAGGGAAACAUGAAAUCGUAUUUUAGUAAUGAGAAGCUGCUGUAUCUUUUUAUUAGUA